AUGUCKCUAACGCUCGGGAUGGAUUUUUUUAACAAUGCGACCUACACAGCGCUCGCAGACGCUAUGCUGCCGCACACGAACAACACCUACUGGCACGAAUUCGAGGAGAUCUCCAAAUACAAUGUAUCUUUAAACUACUUUGAGCGAUUAUGGGCCGCGUGGUACGCAUACAUUGGCAAUGAUGUGCUGGCGACUGGGAUAAUGAGCUUCGUCAUGCAUGRGGCAUUCUACUUUGGAAGGAGUUUGCCAUGGAUGAUCAUCGACAAAAUACCCGCCUUCAACAAGUACAAGAUCCAGAACCAAAAACUACCCUCAGCGAAGGAACAGUGGGAUUGCGCGAUGCUCGUUCUCCUCAGUCACUUCACCGUCGAACUUCCCCAGAUCUGGCUUUUCCACCCAAUGGCACAAUACUUUGGACUGGCCACAAGCGUGCCGUUUCCAUCCCUCUUGACCAUGGCAUACCAAAUCGCGAUUUUCUUCGUCAUGGAGGAUACCUGGCACUACUGGAUGCACCGUGCCAUGCACUGGGGCCCACUUUACAAGAACAUCCACAAGAUUCACCACCAAUACUCCGCCCCAUUCGGUCUUGCUGCCGAAUAUGCCUCUCCGAUUGAAGUCAUGGUCUUGGGACUGGGAACUGUUGGAUCUCCAAUUCUGUGGUGCGCGAUCACCAAAGACUUGCACAUCCUGACCAUGUACAUUUGGAUCGUUUGCCGUGUGUUCCAGGCCAUCGACGCACACUCCGGAUAUGAAUUUCCCUGGAGUCUCCACCACUUUCUGCCGUUCUGGGCAGGUGCAGAGCACCAUGACGUGCAUCACGAGAAGUUCAUUGGCAACUACUCAAGUUCCUUCAGAUGGUGGGACUACGUCAUGGACACCGAGAGUGGACCAGAGGCUUCGAAGAGGAGACGAGAGGCCAAGAUGGCCAAGCUGAAGAAGGCAAUGUAA